AUGGAAGGCUUCCUAGAAGAUGUAUGGAAACUGGUCAGGAGACUGCAGUGCAAAGGACAUAGCAGUGAACUUCGAGUAACUGCAGAGGAGGCGGAUACAGUGGUGGCAGCGUCCUCCAUCCCCCCGGCCCUGUCCAGCCCACUCUCCACGCAGCAGGCAGGGGCUUCUUCCAAACACAGGUCAAGACCGUCGGGUCGCGGCCAGCCGGGCAUGAGCCUGGGGGGCCCAGCUCAGCCCCAAUCCAGCCUCGUGCAGGCCACGUUUGAGGUCCUGGAUUUCAUCGCACACCUCUACGCUGGCGCUGACGUCCACAGGCACUUGGACGUCAGAAUCCUGCUGACCAAUAUCGGAGCCAAGAGCGCCUCUCUCCCUUCCCUGCCCAGCUCAGUCCAGAACCUGGCCCACUCACCGGAAGUGGUGCUGACUGACUUCCAGACCCUGGAUGGAAGCCAGUACAACCCGGUCAAGCAACAGCUAGAGCGUUAUGCCACCAGCUGCUACAGUUGUUGUCCCCAACUGGCUUCAGUGCUGCUAUACCCCGAUUAUGGGUCCGGAGAGCUGCCUGUGGAGUCCCUGGAUGUCCCCUUACCCUCCACCAUCAGGCCAGCCUCCCCCGUGGCCAGGUCUCCAAAGCAGCCAGUGCGUGGCUACCACCGUGGGGCUGUGGGUGGCACGUUUGACCGCCUGCACAAUGCUCACAAGGUGUUGCUCAGUGUCGCAUGCAUCCUGGCCCAGGAGCAGCUUGUGGUGGGAGUAGCAGACAAAGACCUGUUGAAGAGCAAGUUACUCCCUGAGCUGCUCCAACCCUACGCAGAACGUGUGGAACAUCUGAGUGAGUUCCUGGUGGACGUCAAGCCCUCCCUGACUUUUGAUAUCAUCCCCCGGCUGGACCCCUAUGGGCCCGCUGGCUCUAACCCCUCCUUGGAGUUCCUGGUGGUCAGCAAGGAGACCUAUUGUGGGGGGAUGGCCGUCAACCGCUUCCACCUUGAGAAUGACCUGGAGGAGCUUGCCUUGUAUCAGAUCCAGCUGCUGAAGGACCAAAACCACAAGGACAAUGAAGAAGACAAAGUCAGCUCCUCUAGCUUCCGCCAGGGAAUGCUGGGAAACCUGCUUCGGCCUCCAUAUAAGAGGCCGGAGCUACCCACACACCUGUACGUGAUUGGCCUGACAGGCAUCAGUGGCUCCGGGAAGAGCUCAGUAGCUCAGCGGCUUAAGGGCCUGGGGGCGUACAUCAUCGACAGUGACCAGCUGGGCCAUCGGGCCUACGCCCCAGGUGGUCCUGCCUACCAGCCUGUUGUGGAGGCCUUUGGAACAGUCCUGUGUCUCUGUCAUCCAGAUAUUUUCCAUAAAGAUGGCAUUAUCAACAGGAAGGUCCUAGGCAGCUGGGUGUUUGGGAACAAGAAGCAGCUGAAGAUACUCACAGAUAUGAUGUGGCCAGUUAUCGCAAAGCUGGCUCGAGAAGAGAUGGAUCAGGCUAUGGCUGAGGGAAAGCACGUGUGUGUGAUCGAUGCUGCUCUGCUGCUUGAAGCCGGCUGGCAGAACAUGGUGCAUGAGGUGUGGACCGUUGUCAUUCCCGAGACUGAGGCUACACGACGCAUCGUGGAAAGGGAUGGCCUGAGUGAGGCUGCGGCUCAAAGCCGGUUGCAGAGCCAGAUGAGUGGGCAGCAGCUUGUGGACCAGAGCCACGUGGUGCUGAGCACCUUAUGGGAACCGCAGGUCACCCAACGCCAGGUGGAGAAGGCCUGGGCCCUCCUGCAGAAGCGCAUCCCCCAGGCGCCGUAAGGCCCAUGGCCGGCAUUGAGUUCUCUGUGGGGCCCAAGUGGCCCCUGGAGCUGCCAAGAGAUUCAGCGGUGAGGAGGAAUGGGGGCCU